AUGGAAGGAUUAUAUGAAAAUACAUUUACAUAUUAUAGAAAAUCUUUCAAUUUCGGCAUCGAUACAUUAUCCGACAAACCAAUAGGAUACAGAAUUCGAAGAAUGCAUUUUCCUCAAGAAGUAUAUUCAUAUUAUUCAUUCUCAACAAAUAUCACAUGUUUAGAUCAGGUUUCUUUUAAUGUUACUGCUUGGACUAAUGAUCGAAAAGUCCAAAAGUUUAUUGUUGAACCAGGUCAAACACUCACUUUGAAGAGUAUUAAUCUUCUCAUAUUUGACCCAAUUAUAAGCGAUAUCACGUUAAGCAGAAUUAUUUUUGAUGAGCCCGACAAAGCCAAGAGGUUUGGAAAUUUAACAUAUGAUUUUUUGAAUGCAAUCUGGCCACCACAAACUCCAAAUCCAACACCUGAACGGACACCUGCAAUUACCAUUAUACCAGCACAAACAACUGCACCCGAAGAAGUAAUCACGCCUACCAAUGACCAAGGAAGCGAUCAGAAGUCCAAAUCUGGAAAACUAGGUGCUGGAGCGAUUGCAGGAAUAAUUAUUGGCAUCAUCAUUAUUGCUGCUAUAUGCAUUGGUGCAUUUUUAAUCAUCAAGAAACAUCAAUUGAAAGUAGAAAAAGAUUCUGAAGACCAAGUUCAAUAUAUGAAUAUGGUUUAA